CUGUAAAGGUGGGAGGGGCUUGUAUUCAUUUACAAGGUAAACAAAGCCAGCUGAAAAUGAGCCAAUUGGAAACUCUGUGGAUUAUAAACGCUACGAGCAAAAACCUGAAGUUGACUGGAGUUCAUAGCACUCUCAUGAACCAAUGGAGCUUUACUGACAUUCAAGCACAAAGCCAGAGUAACUUUGCGAUUGAAUUUAAACAGAGCGGCUCAGGGGCUAAAGCCGAUGUUACGUUCCAACUGGAAGGUACAAACACUCGUUUCCAACUCCAAGCCUCAGAUGCAACUGGUAAACAGCUCCAAGUAGACUGGAGCAGCACGGACCCACGUCAAUACACUGUCUUCCCUCCUUUCAUCACCGGCGCUACAGCAGCGAGGGUUCGUUGGGUGCAAAACGGAACUGCUUGUGUCCUGAUACAAGACAAGCCGGCUCUCCUACCCUCUCCAUCACAACUCAGCAAUCUGGGUACGCAAUGGAUGGAGCACUAUUCUGACGUCAUCCACAACCUGACCUUGACUGAGAUGUGCAUACCAGGCACUCACGAUUCCGGAACCUAUCAACCUGAUUUCGUACUCGGACGAGAAUGGAUUCGAACGCAAAGUCUCAGCCUUCGAAAUCAACUCAACUUGGGAAUUCGAUCUCUGGACCUUCGCAUUGGACAGAACAAACCCGGUGAUUACAUCAUCACUCACGAUACCUGGAAGACUAAGUAUUCCCUCAGUCAAGCUCUAACGGAAGUGGUAGAUUUUAUCAAGGCCACAAAAGUGGAAAUCGUAAUUCUGGAUUUUCAUCGCUUCAACAUAUUAAACAAAGGAUCAAGUUUCGAUUUCGACCAACUCAAAGCUCAAGUCAAGUCCACACUCGGAGGUUACUUUGUUCCAGCUCCUGAAGGAGUUGGUAAGACACUGUUUGAGUUGUGGCACCGUCCAAAUGCUGCUCAAGAACGGAUUAUUAUCACAUGGAAUGAUGAUGGCUCUAUUGACCGCAGCUACAUGUGGCCGGGGGUAGACCAACACUGGUACUCCACGGCCGAUAGUCAAGACAAGCUGUUCAAUUUCCUCUCAGCUGAUUUUACUAAUCCUCCCCCGAGGAAUAAAAUGUGGGCCUCGUGUGUGUUCAGAACUGCAAGCGUCUUUCAAACACCAUUUGUGAAUGCCAAAGACCUUAGAGGAAAAGUCGAUAGCUGGUUUUACGGCUGUGCUGAUUGGUCGCUAAAAGCUAACAUACUUAUGACAGACUUUUGUCCCGAUUACAACAAUGUCAUACAUGCUGCUAUCUGUGCAUCUCUACUGAACGGCAACAAGAAACAAUCUCUUCAUUAAUUUUGAAUUCUCUUUGCACGUUAAUUUCACUGCACGUUAAUUCCACUCCCACGUUAUUAGUAUUCGAAACAGUUUUCAUAACAUCAUAAAAAUAUUUGUUUAAAACAUGUUGUUUUGCUGUAAAAAGCAUAAUUAUGUCAUAAAAUACACACAUUUCUGAUUACAUUUGUUCGAA